CACACAUUUAGGAAAGAUUAUGACCACGAAACACGUUACUCCCUCCUUUCUGGGAUUUUUCCAGAAAUAGCACUUUUAAAAAAAAAAUUCCAAAAAUAGCACCCAACUCCGAAAAAUUCCAAAAAUAGCACCCUUUCUGAAAAACCGCUCCCUACCAGUGCGGUUUAAGCGAAAACCGCCACCCAGGGGAGCGUUUUUCGAUGAAAACCGCACCCCCAGGGGGCGGUUUUGCAGACCGCACCCCCACCAUGCGAUUUGGUUGCAGAUCGCAACCCCAGGGUGCGAUCUGCUUUUUUUUUUUUUUUUUGAAAAAUCCUAACCUAGGUAGAAACUUCAAACGGACGUAUCUUUGUGUUCGGGUAUCCAAUCGUCGCAAAUUUUUUUUUUAUUCCGCAUAACUUUUUGAGAUCUUGCAAGCCAAAGGUGGUUUGGUCCCGCCUUCAUCCCAAAAAAUGUCGUUUGCUACCCCGAACGAGCUUUUUUCCGAUUUCGUCAAACUUUGGACAACCAUAACUUUGUGCUCCAAAAUCCACACAACAUGAAUUUUUUUUUAUUUCGCAUAACUUUUUAAGGACUACAACUUUUAUCAUAGACACAAUUUCAAAAUGUACGUGGAUUGCUGAGAAGGGAAGGUAAGCUAUUCCCAAAAUCCUGUAUAUCCAAAAAUAAUUCCUGUUUUGAAAAUUCAUUCUAGUAAAAAUUGUAGUCCUUAAAAAGUUAUGCGAAAUAAAAAAAAAUUCAUGUUGUUUGGAUUUUGGAGCACAAAGUUAUGGUUGUCCAAAGUUUGACGAAAUCGGAAAAAAGCUCGUUCGGGGUAGCAAACGACAUUUUUUAGUACGAAGGCAGGAUCAAACCACCUUCGGCUUGCAAGAUCUCAAAAAGUUAUGCGGAAUCAAAAAAAAUUUCGCGACGAUCGGAUACCCGAACACAAAGAUACGUCCGUUUGAAGUUUCCACCUAGGUUAGGAUUUUUAAAAAAAAAAAAAGAAAAAUAAAAGCAGAUUGCACCCUGGGGGUGCGAACUGCAACCAAAUCGCACCCUGGGGGUGCGAUCUGCAACCAAAUCGCACCCUGGGGUGCGGUUUUCAUCGAAAAACGCGCCCUGGGUGGCGGUUUUCGCCUAAACCGCACUGGUAGGGAGCGGUUUUUGGAAAAUGGUGCUAUUUUUGGAUUUUUUCGGACUUAGGUGCUAUUUUUGGAAUUUUUUUUUAAAACAGUGCUAUUUCUGGAAAAAUCCCUUCCUUUCUUCUCACUCUUUUUCACUAGCCGUUUAAGCUAAUCGGCUAAUCCCAAUUCCCAACAAUUGAAACCGUUGUGGGCAAAGAAAAAAAGGACUCAAAUGGUAAUUAAGCAAACUAAAAGGAUGAUAAUGGAAAUAAAACAUCUACCGGCAAUCCGUCCAAUCAAUACGCGUCCCGCUAGCGCGUGAGCCCAUAACCGUCUCUCUCACCGUUCAUUCUUUCGCCGUAACUUCCUUCUUCUCUAGUCUUCCCAAUAUAUAACCCAACUUCACCUCUGCAGAUUUUUCCCACACACAUUUUUCUCAGCAACCAAACCACUCUCCAAAAAAGUCACACAGACCCAAAAGAAUCGCCACCAUGUUUCGCCUGAGCAACAACCUGAUCGGAAUCCUCAACUUCGUGACCUUCCUCCUCUCGAUCCCCAUCAUCUGGGCCGGCGCCUGGCUCCGCAACCACGGCAGCUCCGAGUGCGAGCGGUUCCUCGACACACCCGUCAUCGUCAUCGGCGUCUUCCUCAUGCUCGUCUCCAUCGCGGGACUCGUCGGUGCCUGCUGCAAGAACUCCUUACUUCUCUGGAUCUACCUCGUCGUCAUGUUCCUCCUCAUUGUGCUGCUCUUCUGCUUCACCAUCUUCGCCUUCGUCGUCACCAACAAGGGCGCCGGCCAGGUGUUAUCUGACCGCGGGUACAAGGAGUAUAAAUUGGGGGAUUACUCCAAUUGGCUGCAGAAGAGGGUGACCGGGGGGAAGAACUGGAACAAGAUCAGGAGCUGCUUGAUUGAAGGGAAAGUCUGCUCCAAGUUCAACGAGACUUACCUUUCCGAUUCCGUCGAGCAGUUCUACACCGAGCGAUUGAACGCUCUUCAGUCUGGAUGCUGCAAGCCAUCAGAUGAAUGCGGCUACACCUAUGUGAACCCAACGACAUGGACCAAGACCACCACGAACUCGACCAACCCCGACUGUGCAGCUUGGGACAACCAGCCCGAUGUGCUCUGUUUCAACUGCAACUCCUGCAAGGCCGGGCUUCUCGACAACCUCAAGCGCGACUGGAAACGGGUGGCGAUUGUCAACAUCGUCUUCCUCGUCUUCCUCAUUAUCAUCUACUCUGUGGGUUGCUGUGCUUUCAGGAACAACAGGAGGGACAACUCUUACACCACAGGGUGGAAGGCUUAAGAUCACAUUUUCUGAUGCUGCUGCUGAUGUAUGGAGAUUGUAGUUUGUAGUUUAGGCGGAUCAUAUUUUGGCUUGUUGCUUCUACUUCCUGUUAUUUGUUGUACAGCAUUUUGAUAUGCUUGACUUCCAUGGCUGCGUUAGAGCAUAUGUUGGGCUGUAUAUGUUCUCUACCUCCCCUGCCUGGUGGAUAUUUCUUCUGCUAUGAAUAGAUAUUCACUCCCAUCUCUUCCCAUUUAUCAUCAUCAUCAUCAGCUUGGUAGGUCUAUGUAUCCCUUCAAUUGCUUUUAACUUCUUCUACCAGCUUAUGGACCAUAUGCUUAAUCAUUUGUCCCUCUUGAAUGUUCGAAAGGUUAGUUGAAAACCAGGUAAGCAAUAGGUCAUUAGGCUUGGGAUAACAAUAGUGACCAUGAAACAAGUGUGGCCAUGGAGACACAAAGUAGACUUAGAAGGGGGUUGUUCACCAAAAAGAAGAGUAGACUUGUGAGGGAAAUGAAGAGUUCUAUAUUUAGAAAUGAUGUAGGUAAGAAUAAUUUUGGCGCGUUAGUUACGCAAAUUAUCAUUCAACUUUAAAUAAACGAAUCUCUGACCUAGUGAUACUUGAAACAUAAUGACAAUUUUGAGACGGUUGAUUCGAUUUAUGAUAGUUAAUAUUGGUCUCUCUUAACACCUCGUGAUGCUUGACAUACCAAGAAAAGUAUGACUAACAUGCGAAUUUGAAGAUUUAGUUGAUCCAUCAAACAUAGUUUGAAUUUUCAUCGAAAUGAUAUAAAAUUUUGAUACCUAACCUUAAGUUUAGUUCGUUCAAAGCGAACACUGCCAGACAACACCUCGUGUGACCUCGAAUCAAGUCACUCGUAGUUGCAUUAGCUGAAUCAAUAAUAACAAUGUCGUCUGAAAAUUGAGAGUGAUCCAAUGUGAUGUGGCAGCUUUCAUAAUAAGAUCUCAAGCUCCGU